GGAAAGUCCUUAGAGUUAGGAAAAUUUUCAUAUCUCCUUUACGGCUCAACCAAACGAGCUCAUUUUUUUUAACAAAGAUUGAGGCAUGUUCACACUCCAAAUCCAUAUGGACAAGGGUAUUGAGAAUCUUUGUUAAGUAUCACUAUUGACUUAAACAAGAAAAUUUUAGUGUUCCACAGAGAGGAAGAAAAACCAUAUACUUAACAAAGGUUCUCACUAACUUUGUGAGUAUGGAUUUGGAGUGUGGAUAUGCCUCUAUCCUGGGUAAAAAUAUCAGUUGGUUCGCUCAAGCCAUAAUGGAGAGAGUCAAUUGUCUUUUCAAUAAAGUGUCUUUUGCCCGAUCCUAUGUAAUGUUUGUUUUUCUAACUGUGAAACAGUAAAAUUUUCUUGUUGCGGUCAAUAGCGAUACUUAACAAAGAUUCUCAAUAUCCUUGUCCAUAUGAAUUUGGAGUGUGAACAUGCCUCAAUCUUUGUUAGAAAAAUGAGCUCGUUUAGUAUAACCAUAAUGGAGAUAUCCAAAUUUUUGUAACUCUAAGGACUUUCCGGACACCCUAUACUCCAAUUAGCGUUCUUGUUUCUCAAAAAUACCAUUCGAUAGCCAAAACAAACCGUUUCUAUGCGUGUACAGGAGUAAUGUUGUUUAUUGAAAGUGAUCAUUUUCAUGUCACUCUCCUCCUCCCCUCACCGCAAUGUUCACCAGGAUGGAUAUUGUAGACUCAUGAGGGUAGUAAUCUAGUAUCUCAUUCAUAAUUUUUAUAAAGUACUUUGUCUAACUCAUGAGCAUCUAGCAUAUAUAUAUGAGUUUCAAGACCGAAUAAAUAUUCAGAGCCUUUGCUAAUGCAGGAUUUUGAAAGAAAGGUUGGGCAAUUGAAAAAUUGACUUUUUGUUUUAACUAGCUCGACCAUACGCUACAUAGAAAUGGUUUUAUUUAAUUACCAAUCGAUAGUGUAUGAAGUUCUCGACAACCAACAUAAAGUUCAUUUUGGAUUAUACGCUUGAUUAGAAUUAGCUGAAAACUCAUUUUUCUUAAGUCAUCAGUUUAAGAGUUCAACACUCUCUUGUGACUCCAGUUUUCGUUUUCUAUCGACCUUGUAUAGUCUUAAAUGGUAUCUAUCUACUGAAUACAUUUUGAGAUUCAAAAAUUGCCUUCAAACGAUAAAAAAUUCGAGAAGAAAUGAAAUUUACAUAGUGGAAACAGCGAAAUGUGCAUUUUUCUGAAAAUAUUUUCCUGAAAAGAAUGAAGAAAUGUUCCAGUCUCUUUGAUCAAAUGCGUCUGACCAAGCUAAAGCAUGCUUCACAUAUAAUAAACAAUGUUUAAAACGGCUAUUUUUUUAUUUUUAUUUCAAAAAAAAAUAUUGUUCUACUGCUGUUUGGUAAAUCUUACAAAAAAAAGUUCUACUAAAACAAACGUGACUUUUAGAGUACUUUAGUUAUUUUAGUUUUUCUUUUUUACCGAAAGGCAAAAAUAGAAAAUUUCCAAUCCAAACAAUGUUUGAUACCUCUAAAACACAUCGUAUACUACAUCUUGCAGAAAUCGAAUUAAAAUUGGGGCCAUUUUUUGCCAUAAUGAUUCUAGUAUUGCAUAAAAGACAUCAUUUAAGAGUAUUAUAUCUGUAGCAACUUUUGCUCUACUUAUCAAGAUCUAUGCAUCCUAGAAAUUAUAAAUUUUUCAGAUGACUUAUUCUUCAGAAAAUUCCAAACUGAGGUACUCUUUUUUUUAAUCUCUUGAUUCUUGUUCAAUAGAGUGGAACAAAUAUUUUGAUAUAUGCAUAUGGUCUUGUUGAUCCCGAUGAAUCUGAGAUAAACUAUCAUGAAACUCGUCGAGGUACACGUAUGGUUCCACUUCAAUCUUAUAAUCAACCGCCAUCGGAUGAUAAAUUUGCUGGACUCGAUUAUUUUGAACUUCGUUUAAACAAUUACAUUGUUCCAUCAAAUGAUACAACAUAUUAUUGUAAAAUUUACAAAGCACCAACUUCUUAUACAACAAAACGACAUGCUAUUGCUUACAAAAUAUUGAUUGAUGAUGAAAACUCCGAUCUCGUUAAUCAUUUACUUUUACAUGAAUGUAAUCCUUCAUUUACUUUUGAUGAUAACAAUCUUCCUAACGGAGUUUGUGAUGAAAUUAAUGAUAAAAUCGAGCCUUGUUCAGCUAGUAUAGCUACUGGAUGGGCAUUGAUUGAAUUUCCUGAACAAGCUGGAUAUCCAGUUGGUUUGAAUUCUCCAAAUAAAUAUUUUAUGGUUCAAAUACAUUAUGAUAAUCCACAACAAAUUUCAAAUCGUCGUGAUAGUACUGGAAUUCGAUAUUAUCUUGGUAAUCAACUUCGUCAGCAUGAUCUUGGAUAUUUAACAUUUGGCACAGUUUCAAGUCUUCUUGGUCUUGCUAUUCCGCCAAAAGUCGAAAAAUUUAUAGUUGAUUCUUAUUGUCCAAGUAAUGUCACUCGUACUAUUCCAAAAUCGGGUAUAACACUAUUACCUUCUUUUCCACAUACUCAUUUACAAGGUGUUAGUUUAUGGACUAAAUUAAUUCGUAAUAAGACAGCUGUUGAAUAUCUAUUUAAUGCUGAAUCAUAUCAUUUUAAUUAUCAAUUUGAAAACCGUCUAGCAAAACCAAUACAACUUUAUCCAGGAGAUGAAUUUGCUACUCGAUGCAUUUAUAAUACAAUGAACAAAAAUGAAAUUACAUUGGGUGGAGAAAAAACAAGAGAAGAAAUGUGUUUACAUUUUUUCACUUAUUAUCCUCGAAUGGAUGAUCUUUCUGUAUGUUACACGAUGAAUACAGUUCAAUCAUUACAAGAUAUCAUCAAUUCUUCAGCACCAUUUGAUUAUUUUGCUGCCAAAAAAUGGUUCCUCGAUUUGAAAUGGACACCAGAAUCGGCUAAACAAUGGCAAGAAUAUUACAAUAAAGCUCCACGUGUAGCAGUUUUUGCUGGAGCAGGACAAUUUGAGGUGGAACCUCUUGAUACUCUACCAGAAUAUCAAGAUUUUAUACCAGUCCAGUGCCAAAAACAAAUAAUCACGAACAACAAUGCUGCUUUUAUUUAUCGGAAAACAUAUAGUUUUUUAUCAGUUUUUAUUAUUUUAGCAUUCGUUGUUUAA